UUAACGUCAUUUAUCACACUGCCUGGCUCAAACCAUGGCAGACUUUCUUGCAGAAAAUGAACUAGUAACGCUAAGAAAUCGAUUCAAAAGAGAUGCCGAGCUGCUUCUGCAAGGGAUCUCUGAUGAUGGCGAAGAAAAGAGUAAAGAAGAGAAAGAUGACAAACCACUCCCACGCAUUAACCGGCACUCCGUCUUCUGGAUCCUAGCAUCCAUAGGGUUGACCUACUAUGUGGAUUUCUUUAAUGUCAUCAUGGAAGACACCGAUAUUAAGAGCUGGUGGUUUAAUGUUGGACUGGUGCUGCUGACUCUAUGCAUAUCUCUGGCUGCAUUCUGCAUCGUAUACCUGGAGUGGUGUAAAGGCAUCCAACAUUAUGACCAGGAGUACCCUGCCAUUCCCCCUUUAACUACCGCAGCCUUUAUUGCAGCCUCUUGCAGCUUUAACAUCGCCCUUUGGCCAGUGUGGUCCUUCCUCACUCCCGUGAUCCUCUUCACCCAGUUCAUGGGGGUUGUGAUGUUCAUCUCAGUCUUAGGAUGACAGGACGAGACACCCAGGAUGGCCAGACACUUUUGCUACCCCUUACAAGCGCGCAUAAGACUUAACUUUUGAUCAAACUGUUUCCAUCACUGUUUUAUAAAUGUCAUUGUUCUUUUGCCAUAAUUUUAAAUUAAGCUUUUUUUUUAACUGUGUCGUCCACAAAUGUAAAUGUUUGUUAAUAAACCAGUAAAAUUAAA